AUUGGCGCUCCUGAAUCCUGCAGAUCAGCGCAGCGAUCUGUCAAUCUCGCAGAACGAGAGCGGCAGAAUGGGAUGCUGAGUGACUAAAGACGAUGCUAUGGAUCAGGCUUUCAGACGCUCUCCUGUUCAGUUUAACAUGAUAUUUAAACUUAUCAUGACCCUUAUUAAACGACUGAAUAAGGGAAUGUGAAGAAGCGUCCAAGGGUUGCACGGGGAAAGCCGACUGAUCGAUGCACCGCUCCUCAGCGCAGGUAGGGAUGGUGAGCCGCUGUCAGACCCAAACCUUCCCGGACAUCACCGGCUUGACGUUCUCAGUGUUCGGCGGCAAGGCGGAGGAGAUGUGCGCGCGGAAAGGCUUUGGAUCGCAGAUCUACAGGAACUCCAGCGACGCUCACAGCAUGAGCUCCGCUUGCCCGAAGCGACUCAUCGCUCAGUCCGAGGAAAGGGCGCAUCUGACGGCCAAAAGUGCGCGCUUGUGCCUCCCUCUGCCGCCGCUCCAAGUUAAUGGGGCCUACUGCUCAGAGAAGGAUGGCAGCUCUGAGCUGAGUGAUGCAGAGGGCACCCUAAUGCGAUGUGGGCAAAGUCUGCCACUGCCAGCGGGGGGCCACUCAGAAGGACUCUACCCCCCGAGCCUCCACUGCAGCAGACCAGCAUCCGACCUCCUUCUGCAGGAUGGCCCGCACCAUGAAAGCAGAAGCACCGCUGCCUUCCAGAGAGCCCCGCCUGGUGCCAGCAUGGCUCGCUCCUCUGCCCCUUACCCGAUUAAACAGGAGAACUCAAUCGGACACAAGACCUCCAGUGUUCAAGGCCAGUCUCAGGCUGCGUUUCCGGCCUGUAGGGCAGAUCAAGCUUUGGAGACAUCGCGAGACGAUAUAGCUGCGGCCCUGCAUGCUAGCACUAACGGUAAAGGCGUAUGCACGGUGAGCUGUGCAGGUAGUGCUGUGUCAGGAGACGCGGUGCAACCUUUUAAUAAUGGAGAUGGCUCCUCCCCACUUGCUUUGUCCCCAACUGGCUCCCAUCAUUCAGCGCGUCUGCUCAGCGCUAGCGAUAUGAAGAGACGCUGCCUUUCCCUGGCCUCACAGUCUACUGUCGCUGCUGGCACCAGCAGCGUCGCCCCAACGGGUUCACCAUCAGCCACUGGCACGACCUCCAACGAGAUCAAUAUCACCGCAGCCAUCUGCUCCUCCUCCCAGAUGUCGAUGGUUGCUUGCGUCAACGGAUUCCUCGCUAACCUCUCCCCCAGCAACGCUAGUAGCGCCGGCUUGUCUUCGUCGUCCUCCUCCUCUUCUUCUACAUCCCCACCCUCUAUCUGCUGCCAGCGGGAGGCCCCCCGGAAUCCCCCACGUCACAGCAGCCCCCAGCAGUCAUCACUACAGGAGAGCUGUCAACUGUCCUCACCUGCCACCUGCCUCCUGUCCCUGUCCGCCUCCUCCUCAUCAUCCUCUUCUUCGGCGUCAUUAGUGGAGCCGGAGACAGGCCUAGGGCAGAGCCUGGGGCUUUGCGAGGAGCAGGUCCCCAUGCUGCGGGGGCUUGGGUCUGGAGGAACAGCAGAGGAAAGUGAAGAGAGAGGCUUGGAUGGGUUGGGACUACUGAUGAGUGGGGCCCUUAUGUCGGGGACAUUGAGCUCCAGUUCUGAUGCUAGUUGCCUGUUGGAUGGAGGUCAAAGAUGUGGGGCAGCUCUCAAGCAGGAACCUCUUGAUGACUUCUCUCCAAGUGAAGAUGAACUCUUCCAGCACCACUAUCACCACCAUCAUCACCUAAGUGGUCACACUGGGCACCACCGUCACACUCCCCACCCAUCUCGAUCUGCCAUGCCUCCUCCUUAUCACCUGCACCAAUACCCGGGCCCCAAUCAUGGGGGGCCGCUACAGCACCAGAGUCAGCAGACAACACAAGCUUCCUCUCUGGCAUUAAAACAAACCUCCGGAGGCCCCCCUGCCACCCACACAGCCUCGGAGCGCGAAGACGUCAGAGGAGGAGUGCAAACGGAUAAGCAGGUGUGUCGCUGGAUCGACUGCAGCGCUGCUUAUGAGCAGCAGGAGGAGCUCGUUAGGCACAUUGAGAAAGUCCACAUUGACCAACGCAAAGGAGAGGACUUUACCUGUUUCUGGGCCGGCUGCAUUCGCCGCUACAAGCCCUUCAAUGCCCGUUACAAGCUGUUGAUUCAUAUGAGGGUCCACUCGGGAGAGAAACCCAACAAGUGCAUGUUUGAGGGCUGUAACAAAGCAUUUUCCCGUCUGGAGAACCUGAAGAUCCACCUGAGGAGCCACACGGGCGAGAAGCCGUACCUCUGCCAGCACCCUGGCUGCCAGAAGGCAUUCAGCAACUCUAGUGACCGAGCCAAGCACCAGCGCACUCACCUGGACACGAAACCAUAUGCCUGUCAGAUCUCGGGCUGCACCAAGCGCUACACGGAUCCCAGUUCUCUACGCAAACACGUCAAAAUCCACUCAGCCAAAGAGCAGCAGGUGCAUAAGAAGCUGCGGCCCUGCCCGCACCUGGAGCAGGAUGUCCUUAGCGACUGUCUCUCCAUGCAGCAGCUGCAGAGCUCCAGCUCCUCGCAUCAGAUCUACAACGGCAAAGAUGUUCGUUCCCCUGCACUCUGUCCAGACAUCUUCACAGGCCUGUACGCUGGCUCCAGCAACCCCCAUCAGAGCGCCUCGGUGGAGCUCCUCUCCCAUGCCCCCAACCCUGCCUCCGUCACAGACCUGCCCUCCCGACAGCACCGGCUGGAUCGGGACCUCGGCAGCCCUCAUCACCUGUCCCCUCUGGCAUCCCUGGAUGGCGCAAGGGAUGGCAGGCUGUCAGGCCCCCUCCUGUCUCCUGGCAUGAAGGCAACAGGAACUCCACCUCCUCUUUCACAGGAGAAACAACAUGCUCAUCCUCACCACAAGCCCUACCCACAUUAUCACCAUCAGCAACCUGCCACUGACGAAUACCAAGCCAGCUUUCAGAGCUGCUUCCAUUUUGGAGACUCCUACAGGAUGGAGCAGACGGUCAGCGGUGUCCACGUCCCAGGAGAUGCUCAUAACUACUCCUCCCAUCAGCACAAUGGCUUUCACCUGCCCACCAACAACACUGGACCUACAGGAUUCGGCGGGACCCAGGAGCUGCAGGGGGGCUCAGGGUGCCAGUAUUCCUCCAGCACCGACGACAGCAUUUUCUUUCAGGUGGGCAGCUUCGACCGCAACUUGAGCCACAUGUCGUCGGUCUACACGGAAACAUAGAUCCAAUCUAUGAGUUGUUGUUGCGCUACGCUGCACAACUCACCAAGCGCAUCUUCAUCUUCAGCCCUUGUUUCUUUCCCCAAAACUGAAAACAAAACCUCUUCUAAGGUCAUUCUGACAUAUCCACCAGACAGUGACCAACUGAACUAAACAAACAUUACAGCCUAUAAAAAUGAUACUUGAUGCACUGCCUUAUUUAAAGGUAUAAAAACAUAACUUGCAAUUAGGCAUAGAUGCCUACAAAAGCUUUACAUACCCCUUUAACUUUUCCGCAUUUUGUCAAAUCUGUCAAAGACCGACACAAAUUAGUGCAUAACUGUUAAUGUUUUAUGUUUUAAUGUUUGGAACUGAAAAGGAAGUUUGUCUUCAACUCCUUAAUUCUCACUCACCUAACAAAAAGAUUUCUCCCAUAUCCCAGAAAGUCCAGAUCUAAACAUGCAGAAGACUUUGAGACCAAAUUUAACUUUUCUGCUAUAGACAUUGUAGCAGAAAACUAACACCGUACCGUGCACAUCUCAAAAGACAUCAUCUUUACCGUGAAACAUGGUUGUGGCAGCAUCAUGGUGUGCUUGUAAUCUUACUCAUCAUAGCCAGGAAUAUUUGUCAGAGUUAAUGGGAAGAUUGUGGGACCUAAAUAGAGCAUAAGAAAAACUGGUAAAGUUUGCAAAAAAUUUGAAACUGGAGCAAAGGCUCACCAACCAGCAGGACAAUGACCCUAACAUGCAGUCGGAGCUGCCAGGGAAUGGUUUAGGUCAAGCCAUAUUUGUGUCUUACAAUGGCCUAGUCAAAAUCCAGAUCUAUAUCUAACUGAGAACCUGUGGUAACAAUUGCUACUGUUCACAGACACUCAAAUCAGACUGAGCUUGGAUUAUUGCACAAGAAAUAUUGGACAAAGGUUUCCUUGUUGAUAUUUGAAAACUGUGACAAUCAUACCAACAAAAGACUUGCAGUUGUUGUUGUAUCAAAAGGUGAUUCUACAAAUUAUUGAUUCAGAUAGCCAGGUUAGAAAUGCAUUUUUGGUUGUAAAGAAAAUAUAGAUUUUUCUUGUCCUUCCCAAUUAUGCACUACUCUGUGUUGGUCUAUCACAUAAAGGUUAGUUUUCUUGACCCGGCAGUCAAUUUGACCGAACAGUAUCUGUGUAAAACGUAGACGCAGGGGGGGUUUACAAAUGUGUAAAAUGAAUAAAUUUUCAAUUUAUAUGUACAGUGCACCUAUUAAGACAAAUAGAAAAAGGUUCACGCAAAAAAAAUACUUCCAACUAAAACGGGUCAAUUUGACCCGCAACAUAACAGGAGGGUUAACCCUUUAACCGUCACCUCCAAGACACGUAAUCCAGUGGGUCCAUGAGGAUGCCGGUGUCCUCAUGACAGCUCAGCAGAAAAGUUCAUGGGGUAUUGAUACUUUUGCAGGCAAUGUAACUGUCAUUCAUCUCCAUAUAAAUGAUUAAAGCAAAUUUAGGUUAAUUUGUGAAAUAAAUCUUGCUGUAGAAACUUUUUUAAAGGCAGCUCAAGUCAAGUUUAUUUGUAUAGCACAUUUCAGCAACAAGGAAAUUCUUUGAAUGAUUUACAUGAUAAAAAAAAAACAUGUACAAAAUGAUGAACAAACAUCAUAACUGACAAAUUGUAAUGUGAAAAGUUAGUUUAAGUGAAAUAUUGGUAGAUCAUUUUUUCCAAUUUGAGGUCGCUUUAGAUCGGGAUAUAUCUGAGGUUUCAUUUCAGCCAAUUUAUUGUGGGGAAGAAAACUUGACAAUGUACAGCAAAAUAAAAUGCACGUAUUUCUUCUGCCCCUGCCCCAUCUCAAAUUCAGCUGCAUCGGCAAAAUCAAAGUGAACAGAUAUGAUGAAUAGAUCUCACAACUCAAGGCAGAAAUUUUAAAUGUACAAUGUUUACAUACAGUUUUUCAUAUCAUGUUCUGGAAAUGUAUUUGAGCAAAGUUCUCAUCCUUUACUGAAACUAAUUACAACAGAACCAGAUUGUCUUCAGUUCAAGGUAUGAAUUUCAAAUAACAUGAGAUGUGUUGUUCACCAUUUGAACCACAUUUUUCUCUUUAAUUUACAGCCUCCAUUAUUUGUGGACUGAAGUGUAAAAUAUAUCAUUUUGCUGUGAUGUUUUUAUCAGUGACAAAAAAGUUGCAUUUCUGUAAGUGUUAAAUGUUUUCUUCCUGUGUUUGAAUUUAUUUUGGAUGGAGGUUUCUGGCUCAUUAGUCCUGUAAUACUGCAGAGACAACCACACCUCCAAUUAUAAUGAUUAUCAUUAUUAAUAAUAUUAUUAUUAUUAUUAUGUGUAUAAAAUGUACAGUUUGUUUACAACAACCAUUUGAGUGUCAUUUAAGAAAAUAAAAUCACACAGAGGAGAAUUGAAA